CACAUUCGGAUGGGAGGCUGGCAUCCCCAUCCUUUGCAUCAUGGAUGAUGCAGCUGUGCUUAGGAGGAAAGGGUAUAUCCUGGGGGUCAGCUUAGGUGAGAGUUCCUUCGCCAAAGUCAAGUCUGCCUACUCGGAGCGUCUCAGAUUCAAUGUGGCCGUGAAAAUUACGGACAGAAGGAAAGUCCCCCAUGAGUUUUUGGAGAAAUUUCUCCCCAGGGAACUGGACAUCUUGUCCAUGGUGAACCACAGUUCCAUCAUAAAGAUCUAUGAGAUCUUUGAGACAUCUGGGAAAGUCUACAUUGUGAUGGAACUCGGAGUGCAAGGAGACUUGCUGGAGUUCAUCAAGAGCAACCGAGGACUGCCCGAAGAAAUCGCCCGCAGGAUGUUCUGCCAACUGUGUUGCGCCAUUAAGUAUUGCCACGAUUUAGAUGUGGCACACAGGGAUUUGAAAUGCGACAACGUCCUUCUGGACAAAGACAUGAAUAUCAAGCUAUCGGAUUUCGGCUUUUCUAAACGGUGCUUUCGGGAUGAGAAUGGGAAAAUCAUCCCCAGUCAGACUUUCUGUGGUUCGGCUGCGUACGCAGCUCCAGAAGUAAUCCAGGGCAUCCCUUAUCACCCCAAAGUUUAUGACAUGUGGAGCUUAGGGGUCAUCCUCUACGUCAUGGUUUCUGGAUACAUGCCGUAUGACGACUCCAACGUGAAGCGAAUGCUCCGGCUGCAGAAGGAACACCGUGUGCUCUUCCCGGAGUCUUUGACGAUCGAAUGCAAAGAUCUUAUUUUCCGCUUGCUGCAACCCGACGUUGCUCACCGACUACGCAUUGAUGAAGUUUUGAAUCACCCUUGGGUUCAGGGGAAGCGCCUGUGGCCUUGCAGAUUGUUUGACUAA